AUGGCUACAAGAAUCACCCUCAAGGCUACCCCAGGCUAUCCGGAAGAGCUAACGCUCUCCACAACCUCCAAGACACCAGAAAGCCCUACGAAAGUGCAAAACCACUCCAAGCAUGUUCUUGUCAUUGGGGGUGGCGUUAGCGGCCUGAUGACGGCUUGGAUCCUCCUUGACAAGGGCUACCGCGUCACCAUUGUGUCUAAGGAAUGGGCCAGUUCUGCGAAGCCGUUGACGUCGCAGAUUGCUGGGACUCUGUGGGAGUACCCUCCUGGUGGGUGUGGGAUCACUGAGAUUGAGACCCCGUUGUUUGGGUACUCGACUCUGGAGCAGUAUCGGGAGUGGGCUAUGCAGAGUUUUGAGUUCUAUCAGAUGAUGGCGGACCGGGAUGAGCUUAUGGGUGAUGGUCCGGAACGGAUUUCUGGAGCUGGGAAGUUUGGGGCGAAGAUGAAGACCUUGUUUCAGUUCUUUCAACAGCCAAUCGAGGACGAGUCCCGUGUCAAUAUCCGUGAUGACAAGCUUUAUGAAAAGUAUUUUGAGAUAAAGACACUGGAUGAGAGCGUGGAUUCGCCUUUCAGGGGCCAAUUGAAAGUCAAUUAUCACUGCAUGGCUGAUGCCAAUGGAGGAAGGAAAGUCAACUCACAGGUGUUGGCAGGUUUAGUGGACCCGAAGAAACAGUUUAGUGUUGCUUGCGCAUAUCAGCAUGCAGCUCCCAUGGUUGAUACCGAUGUUGCUAUGGCGUUUCUGAUGAGACUUGUUCAAAGCAAAGGGGCAGUUCUAGAGACUAGACAAAUCAUUGGUGAUCUCCGUCUUCAUGAGCAAGAGCUGCUGAGGGAAUAUCGUGCCGAUAUCAUCGUCAAUGCAAGCGGCAUAGGAGCUCAUGAGCUUGCAACCGAUACUCAGAUAUUCCCCGUCCGGGGAGCAGUCAGAAAGAUCAGGAGGCCGGAGGGAUACCCAGCGGACCAUGCGUUCCUUCUUCCGGCUCAAAUGAAUCAGGAUGGCUCGGUGAGCAAGACAGUCUUCAUUGUUCCUCGUAACGAUGAUAUGCUUGUCAUUGGCUCAAUCACUCAGCGCAACAACUGGCAGCUGAAUCUCUCCCUUGACUCUCCUGAAGUCAAGGCGAUGUGGGAACGGGCGACUGAGUUCCUGCCCGUCCUCAAGGAUGCAGACCAUGAGGCACAGUCUCUUGCACAAGGCUUGCGCCCCUUCUCAUACCUGAAUGUCAGGGUCUCCGCUGAUAGUCGAGCGAAUACACGCCGGAUCGUUCAUAACUAUGGCCACGGUGGGUCGGGAUGGACUCUUGCGGUUGGCUGUGCGAGGACUUGCGUACGUUUGGUCGAGGAGAUUCUGGACACAGGCAGGUCAGCAAAUGCAGGAGUAUGCAGGUUGUAG